AUGCAGAGCACCGCAAGAACUGCCCCGUAUGGUCAUGCGUGCGUGAAUUGUGCCCGCGCUAAAUGUAGAUGCGUCACUAGUGGGGUUGCAGGCCGGGGAUGCGAGAGAUGUCACCGUCUGGGCAAGGAAUGCCAUUUGGCACCCAAGACGCGUCAACGGAAGGGUCCGUCGAGAACGGAGCUGCUGGAAAAGAAGGUAGACGACUUGAUGGCGCUGUUGAAGAACAAGGAGCCUUCGCAAGGAUUACCGAUAGACCUGCCCAAUCCAUCACCCGUCGAUUCAAUGCCGCUCGCAGCCAGUCGAGCAGCAGAGGACCUAGCCAUCUUAGAUACGAUAAGCCCUCCAACUCAGCCGUCGCUGCCGUCGACGGUUCCCGAGUUCUCUGCAGAUGAACAGGAAGGCAUUCUCACAGCCUUUCAGUCCGAGAAACUGCCAUGGCUUCCAUUCAUGCAUAUCCCAGCCACGAUGGGCGCCGCCGAGUUCCAAGAGCAGUCCCCUUUUACGUGGCUCUGUAUCACCGCCGUCCAAAGCAAGUGUACCGAGCAUACCGCUGUGCUCUGUGAUCGCGCGCGCGAGGUAGCCGGCCGGAAAUUUAUGCUGAACUGCGAGAAAAGCAUGGAUCUCCUGCAGGGGGCGUUGGUCUAUUUGGCCUGGAUCACCUUUUACUGUCCCUCCGAGAAGACCUCGCUCUGCAGCUACAUACAAAUGGCCAUAGCGAUGGUUUACAAUCUGCGUCUUCACAAACCUCCGCCUCCAGACCCAAUGAUGGCAAUUCCCGCCUGUAACGUGGUGGGCCACAUGGCCUUACGGAAGCCGGCUUUUACAUCCGUGCGCACCAUGAAUGAACGGCGAGCGGUGUUGGGCUGCUAUCUUCUGAGUUCCUCCAUCGCCCAGUUCGUUGGCGUAAUGGAACCGCUGCAAUGGACCUCGCAUAUGGCCGAGUGUCUCGAGGUGUUGGCGACCAGCAAAGAAACCCCGAACGAUGCAAUUUUGGUCCAGCUGGUUUCCAUGCGCUUGAUUGCCGACAAGAUCGAACAAGGCACCGGGAUCAAUAGUGAGCCUACACCGAUUACUCGGGCCCCGUAUGCGUGGCAUGUCACUGCCCUCGAAUCACAACUGGCGGAUCUGACAAAUCGCAUUCCAUCCGACCUUCUCAGCAACCAGUCUAUCAUGUUGUGUCUUUUAGAUGUAAAGGUCAGCCUAUAUGAAACCGCCCUGGCGAACCCCCCGGACCGGCUCGCCAACGACGUAGAUGUUCGACGGCUAGAUCAUCUCUACACCUGUUUAAGCGCCGUGAAAGAAUUCACAGAUAUACUGCUCUCCUGCUCUCCAGCGUCUCUUUUCAAUCUAUCCAUGAGCAUGAUAAUGCAAAUAUCGCACUGUUUCAUCGUCCUCUUCCGCCUCUCUGUUUUCGAAUACCCCGGAUGGGACCGAGCCGCGGUCCGUCGCGAUGUCGACCUGAUUUCCCUGACGACACAGUUGUCCGAGAAAAUGGGCCAAAUCGCAUCGACGGUCGGCAUUACCAACGACGGGCCCCUGGUUGACUCCGGCACCAGGUUUAGCCGGAUCCUUCAGAGACUGGUCGUAGGUUGGGCCUCACGCAUGUCAGAUCCGACCGACGGAGAUAGACCUCCAACGGCCGAGCCCGUACUGGCGACCGAGAUGUGGUAUCCCGAUCUGUUCACGGACACUUCGUGGUUAUCGGGGGCAUUUAUGUCGGGGGCGUUCUCUGACCUUAGUAUACCCAAUAGUUAG